AUCAGAACUUGCUUGAGACAGCUGAAGUAGAGCUCUCCGGGUGUGAAGAGUCACAAGGUUUCAUGUCAGUUUGGCAAAGAGUGGACGCACAGGGCAGCUUGUGAUGGCAGCACCGCAGGGGCCAUUUUUGGCCGCUGUGUUAGUCCUUGUGUCUUCGCUUCUCGGCUCCUCUUCCUCACUUGCCUGUCUGCAGUCCUGCACCUGUCAGAGUGCUUUCCUGUUGAACUGUUCCUCAGCUGGCCUUUCCUCGGUGCCCCAGCACAUCCAGGACUCUGUCACGGAGCUGGACUUUUCUCAUAACCUCCUCAAAUCUGUAACAUUUCACCAGCCACAUUAUAACCUCAGGAGUGUGUGGCUGGGAAACAACGGUAUCACACGUUUGUCCCUGUGCACUGGAAGAAACCUCGGUGGUCCACAUCUUAGAGAUACAUAUCGCUCAAGACCUUGGAACAGACAGAAAUGUGUACCUUGGGCCCCCACCCUGCAGCUGCUCUCUGUGGAGAUGAAUCAGCUACGCCAACUCCCAGAGGGGCUGGAGGGUAUUGAAUCCUUGGAGGUUCUGCAGCUCUCUUUCAACAGGAUCUCAACUCUACAACUGGGAGAACUUAGCCAUCUUCAGCAACUGAAAGAGUUACACUUACAACAUAACCUCAUCACAAGUCUCCAUCCACAGAUGUUUCAGGAUUUACCCCAGCUCAAAGUCCUAGAUCUGAGCUUCAACAUGUUGACCAGCAUCCAUCCUUUAAUGUACCUCACCCUGCAAAACAUUGGAACAGACGUUAGGCUGCUUGGAAACAGGUGGCAGUGUGACUGCAGGAUGCACAGUCUGAGACGCCGGAUAGCCUUUGACAGCAGCAGAGGCCUGCAGGUCUGGAGCAUCAUGUGUGCUUCUCCAUCCACCCUCUCAGGCAGAGAUCUGCUUCAGCUGCAGGAUGAUGACCUGAACUGCCUCAGUACUGCUAACAUCCCAGAGCUCCAUCAGGAUGUGACAGUCCAGAGGGGCUCCGAGAUACUGCUGUCCUGUUCAGCAGAAGACUCAGUGUGGUGGACGCCCAAUGGAAAAGCGUCUGUGAACCAGCCUGAUGGUGGUCUGCUCAUCAGUGACAUCACAGAGAGUGACACGGGACUGUAUGUGUGUGUGUCUAAAGAAAAACAGGUUGUGUCUGUUUUUAACCUCCAAAUCAGUCAAAUAGGUGGUGCAAGAAGAAAACCUAGAAGUUUGUCUGAAACCAGCCAAUACAUAAUCCAAGCAGGCCCCACAAAGAGUAUGCGUAAUGGGACAAGUCCAGGAGCUGGAGCAGUUACUCAGUCUGACUUGGCACUGGCUGUGUGUCUAUCUAUUUUCAUCACAUUUCUGAUUGCCUUUAUCCUUGGAGUCCUUGCAAGACCAUGUAUCGAUGCUCUUUGGAAAAGAGUCACCGAAAAGAACAUCAAUACACGGUCCCGUGAAGCUAACUCUGCAGUCUCUGUAGAACAAACACAAUAUGACAAUGAGGCCUUCUCCACUGGAGAGGAACUAGAAAUGACAGGACAUCACAGGGAAAGGAGAGUCACAUUUACCACUGUAGACUACAGAGAAGAUGCCAACGUACAGUAUUAUGAUACUGUAGCCAGUGGCAAUCCGGAAAGCAUCUAUAAUAAUGUAGUGAUUGAUUGUGAAGUUAGUGAGGCUCAGAAUAUUAAACAUACUCCUGAAGAUUCAGGAAAUGAAAGUAGCUCACAUCAGAGCAUUUCAGAGGGUAGACUAAAUGAUGGCAGAGAUCACACUAGUGCUGGACAUAGGCACAACAUGGAGUUUGAACCUAUCCCAGAUUCUGUUGAGCUAGAGGAAAAGAGAAGCCGAUCUUCUUCAAGCUCAGAUUCUUCACUAUCUGAAAAAGAAUUCAAAGAGCACCACACAAUGCCCAAGGCUCCUAAGGUCACAGAGGACCCUUUUCAACAGAAAACUGAUUGCUCAAUACUUACAAAAGUAGAGGUGCCACAAAGAUCACUAGAAGGCAAAAGUAAAAUGCCUGGAUUUACCUCUGAGCCAUGGUCACCACACACAACAGACGCUGGUUAUUUAGAGGAAAAUGAAGAACUAUUUGAAUUUAGUGAUUCCGUUCAAAGUCCAUCUCCCAGGUCAGGUAGUAUAAUUGGUUCUUCUAAUAAGUCAAAACUUACUGUGGCAACCCCUUCCAAAAAACACAAGCGGGAUUCUGUGUCCAGCUCCAGCUCAAACACCAAUGAGGAUGAGCCUACACUUUACAAAGCCAACUGUGACCAGCAAAUCAAGCCUGCAGUGAAACCAGAGCACUCGUUUUCCUCCGAUUCCAGUGACAGUGAUAAGGAGCCAGACCAGAACACAGUUGAGCUAGAAAUUGAUAAAGAUAGCACAGUGAAAGUUAAACCAAAGCCACGGACAAAGUGGCGUGAUGUCUAUUCGGAUACCAGUCAGAGUAAGAAUCUGGACGCCAAAGCACCUUCACCAUCUAUAAGCGAUUCAUCCUCUUCCAGCAGUGACAGUGAAGCAGAUUCCAAAGUAGACUCAAGUAUAGACAGAAUAAGCCAAUUCAAAGAGCAUUCACACAUCACCGCUCCAUUACCGGAGUCAAAUUCAUCUUCCAGAAGCAUGAGGAAAGAUUCAGAUAUCAAAGAACCUUCAUCAGCCUCUAGUUCAUCUUCUAGUAGUGAAAGUGAUGAUGAAACAGGCCACAAAGUGCAGCAGAGUGCAGGGAAGUUGGGUAUUGCAUCUCGCCCAUUUCAAGAAUCUCAAACAAAGAGUCCUGAUCCAAAUGCAAAGUGGCCUACCAUUGAUCUUCUACACAUUCCUCAUGUUAAGCGCCGCCUAGAUAUCAAAGCACCAUCAGUAGGUUCUGACACAUCUUCUAGCAGUGACAGUGAGGAGGAAACAACGAAACACAUAAAGAAACAGGAGCAAGGAGGUAUAUAUAUGCCUAUUGUUCCAAAUCGGUCAUCUCAAAAAAUAAAACAAGAGGAUGAAAUUCGAAUGCCUGCCAUUCCUCCUGAGCGUCCCAGGAGUAUCAAGAAAGAUUCAGAUGUCAAAGAACCUUCAUCAGCCUCUAGUUCAUCUUCUAGUAGUGAGAGUGAAGAUGAAACAGACCACAAAGUGCAGCAGAGUCCAGGGAAGUUGGGCAUUCCACCCCGCCCAUUCAGAGAAUCUCAAACAAAGAGUCCUGAUCCAAAUGCAAAGUGGCCUACCAUUGAUCUUCUACACAUUCCUCACGUUAAGCGCCGCCUAGAUAUCAAAGCACAAUCAGUAGGUUCUGACACAUCUUCUAGCAGUGACAGUGAGGAGGAAACAACGAAACACAUAAAGAAACAGGAGCAAGGAGGUAUAUAUAUGCCUAUUGUUCCAAAUAGGUCAUCUCAAAAAAUAAAUCAAGAGGAUGAAAUUCGAAGACCUGCCAUUCCUCCUGAGCAUCCCAGGAGUAUCAAGAAAGAUUCAGAUGUCAAAGAACCUUCAUCAGCCUCUAGUUCAUCUUCUAGUAGUGAAAGUGAUGAUGAAGCAGGCCACAAAGUGCAGCAGAGUCCAGGGAAUUUGGGCAUUCCACCCCGCCCAUUCAGAGAAUCUCAAACAAAGAGUCCUGAUCCAAAUGCAAAGUGGCCUACCAUUGAUCUUCUACACAUUCCUCACAUUAAGCGGCGCCUAGAUAUCAAAGCACCAUCAGUAGGUUCUGACACAUCUUCUAGCAGUGAAAGUGAGGAGGAAACAACGAAAAACAUAAAGAAACAGGAGCAAGGAGGUAUAUAUAUGCCUAUUGUUCCAAAUAGGUCAUCUCAAAAAAUAAAUCAAGAGAAUGAAAUUCGAAGACCUUCCAUUCCUCCUGAGCGUCCCGGGAGUAUCAAGAAAGAUUUAGAUUUCAAAGAACCUUCAUCAGCCUCUAGUUCAUCUUCAAGUAGUGAGAGUGAAGAUGAAACAGACCACAAAGUGCAGCAGAUUCCAGGAAAGUUGGGCAUUCCACCCCGCCCAUUCAGAGAAUCUCAAACAAAGAGUCCUGAUCCAAAUGCAAAGCGGCCUACCAUUGAUCUUCUACACAUUCCUCACAUUAAGCGCCGCCUAGAUAUCAAAGCACCAUCAGUAGGUUCUGACACAUCUUCUAGCAGUGAAAGUGAGGAGGAAAUAAUAAAGAAACAAGAGCAAGGAGGUAUAUAUAUGCCAAUUCUUCCAAAUAGGUCAUCUCAAAAAAUAAAUCAAGAGAAUGAAAUACAAAGACCUGCCAUUCCUCCUGAGCGUCCCAGGAGUAUCAAGAAAGAUUCAGAUGUCAAAGAACCUUCAUCAGCCUCUAGUUCAUCUUCUAGUGAAAGUGAAGAUGAAAUUGGCCACAAAGUCCAGCAGAUUCCAGGAAAGUUGAGCAAUCCACCCCGCCCAUUCAGAGAAUCUCAAACAAAGAGUCCUGAUCCAAAUGCAAAGUGGCCUACCAUUGAUCUUCUACACAUUCCUCACGUUAAGCGCCGCCUAGAUAUCAAAGCACCAUCAGUAGGUUCUGACACAUCUUCUAGCAGUGACAGUGAAGAGGAAACAAUAAAGAAACAAAACCAAGGAGGUGUACAUAUUCCAAUUCUUCCAAAUAGGUCAUCUCAAAAAAUCAAUCAAGAGAAUGAAAUUCGAAGACCUGCCAUUCCUCCUGAGCGUCCCAGGAGUAUCAAGAAAGAUUCAGAUGUCAAAGAACCUUCAUCAGCCUCUAGUUCAUCUUCUAGUGAAAGUGAAGAUGAAAUUGGCCACAAAGUCCAGCAGAUUCCAGGAAAGUUGAGCAAUCCACCCCGCCCAUUCAGAGAAUCUCAAACAAAGAGUCCUGAUCCAAAUGCAAAGUGGCCUACCAUUGAUCUUCUACACAUUCCUCACAUUAAGCGCCGCCUAGAUAUCAAAGCACCAUCAGUAGAUUCUGACACAUCUUCUAGCAGUGACAGUGAGAAGGAAACAGUAAAGAAACAAGACCAAGGAGCUUUACAUAUUCCAAUUCUUCCAAAUCGGUCAUCUCAAAAAGCCAGCCAUGAGCAUGACAUAAGAAAGCCUGCCAUUCCUCCUGAGCGUCCCAGGAGUAUCAAGAAAGAUUCAGAUAUCAAAGAACCUUCAUCAGCCUCUAGUUCAUCUUCUAGUAGUGAGAGUGAAGAUGAAACAGACCACAAAGUGCAGCAGAGUCCAGGGAAGUUGGGUAUUGCAUCUCGCCCAUUCCAAGAAUCUCAAACAAAGAGUCCUGAUCCAAAUGCAAAGUGGCCUACGAUUGAUCUUCUACACAUUCCUCACAUUAAGCGCCGCCUAGAUAUCAAAGCACCAUCAGUAGGUUCUGACACAUCUUCUAGCAGUGAAAGUGAGGAGGAAACAAUAAAGAAACAAAACCAAGGAGGUGUACAUAUUCCAAUUCUUCCAAAUAGGUCAUCUCAAAAAAUAAAUCAAGAGGAUGAAAUUCGAAGACCUGCCAUUCCUCCUGAGCAUCCCCGGAGUAUCAAGAAAGAUUCAGAUAUCAAAGAACCUUCAUCAGCCUCUAGUUCAUCUUCUAGUAGUGAGAGUGAAGAUGAAAUUGUUCACAAAGUGCAGCAGAGUCCAGGGAAGUUGGACAUGCCACCCCGCCCAUUCAGAGAAUCUCAAACAAAGAGUCCUGAUCCAAAUGCAAAGUGGCCUACCAUUGAUCUUCUACACAUUCCUCACAUUAAGCGCCGCCUAGAUAUCAAAGGACCAUCAGUAGGUUCUGACACAUCUUCUAGCAGUGACAGUGAAGAGGAAACAAUAAAGAAACAAAACCAAGGAGGUGUACAUAUUCCAAUUCUUCCAAAUAGGUCAUCUCAAAAAAUCAAUCAAGGGGAUGAAAUUCGAAGACCUGCCAUUCCUCCUGAGCGUCCCAGGAGUAUCAAGAAAGAUUCAGAUAUCAAAGAACCUUCAUCAGCCUCUAGUUCAUCUUCUAGUAGUGAAAGUGAAGAUGAAGCAGGCCACAAAGUGCAGCAGAGUCCAGGGAAGUUGGGCAAUCCACCCCGCCCAUUCAGAGAAUCUCAAACAAAGAGUCCUGAUCCAAAUGCAAAGUGGCCUACCAUUGAUCUUCUACACAUUCCUCACAUUAAGCGGCGCCUAGAUAUCAAAGCACCAUCAGUAGAUUCUGACACAUCUUCUAGCAGUGACAGUGAGGAGGAAACAACAAAACACAUAAAGAAACAGGAACAAGCAGAUAUACAUAGUCCAAGGCAAGAAACUGAUUUGCUUUACACAAAAACCCAAUAUGUUCAUCAUACUGCAGACAUCAAAUCAGUAUCAUCAGCUUCUGAGUCAUCUUCAAGUAGUGACAGUGAAGAUGAAAAAAGGGGCCAGACAAAGAAGCAGAGUUUGGGCUCAACGGGGUUUCAACAAUCUCAAACCAAACGUCACGAUCCUGUUUACACAUCAAGCAGCUCAGAUGAGGAGGGGAUGGAAGAUUUAAGAAACCGCCCAGUUGUAGUUAAACCAGAUUCAAGAUUGCCUGAAAUGGGCCUCACCACUAUCCCCUAUGUCAAAAAGCGUUUGGAUAUCAAGGCACGUUCACCUAAGUCCUCCUCCAGCAGUGAUGAGAGUGAAGGUCGGACUACAGACCAACCUGUUAAAAUGGAUAGCAACUUAGGGUCUCCAAAUUCUACAUUGUUUAAGUUUCCUCACAUUUCAAAGAAGGAUUCCAAUAUUACAUUAGAAAAGUAUGUUGUUAUAACAGAUGAGUUGAGGGAAAAUCAAAAAGACAACGUCAGCACAACACCAGACAUAAACUCUGAGCUCCAGUCACGAUGGGCCACAAUGAAUCUUGGUGUCUCCCGAUUUAGAAAGCGCCUUGAAAUCACAUCACCGAGUUGUCAACCAUUCAAAUUGCCCUCAUCACCUCCGCCAGACUCCCCUUCUCUGAAUCCUGAAAACAAACCAGUGAAACCCUCUGAUUCCUCUUCCAGCAGCAGCAGUGAAGAUGAGUUAACAGAAAACAGAGCUCCUACAGGCAUGACAUAUGUUGACUUUCCGAUCUAUAAGCGUUCAAUUAUGAAAACUUCAUCGCUACCUGAUAAUUCUUUCUCCCCCAGUGGCCAAAUGGUAAAUGUUGCACAGGAAAGUGAAAAGGACAGAAAUUCAUCACUUGCUCCAAAGAGAGUAUCCAGUCUGCGCUUUGAGGAUGAAGUAAGGAGAAGGAUUGAACAAAGACACAACGCAAAUGUAGAUAUACCACCAGAGAUAAAAUGGACUGGUGUUGGUCAUAAUCUGUCUAAAAUCUCUACACCAGCACUAAAGACUGGUCUGAAUACAACACCUCCACAGCAGGCUUCACCUGCAAAACCAGAACUUCCCCAACUGUACUCCUCCAGCAUUAAAAGUGACAUUAAAAUAAAGCAAGACAGUUGGAAAUCAGAUGUAAAGCCAACACAUAAAUUCUCAUCCAUUAGUACUAAUAGUACUUCUUCUGCAUCCGGAGGUGCUCUUCACAGGCUUUACAACUCACCCAACACCACAUAUGAGAAUCCAAGCCCUCUUUUGCUCUCUGAUAUGAAGGAAAGAAAAGGCCUCAGUGCCCUAAAGGCCAUGUCAUCAGAGAGAAGAAUGUGGGACGUGGAGGAUUUCAGUGGGGAUGUAUCUCCUACAGUUGAUGACCACAGUCCACAAGCUGACACCGGUCUUUAUUAUCGCAAGUCUGAGCCAGACAACAAACCUCUGCCAGCAUUACAUCUCCCCUCUGCUUCAUCAGGUGAGAGAAGAGCUACAGAUUUGUUGUAUAAUGUUCCCCGCUACAGGACCCAUGACAUUAAACCACCACAAGUUGCCCCACCUCCUAUUCCUGUAACACUACCGCCAGAAGAGGCCGUUGGGCUUACAUGGAGAUCUCCACAGGACAAUAAGAAACAAGGCUUGGAAGGAAAUAGAUCCUAUCAGCAACAGAGACAAAACACAGAGGAACCUGUUGUUUCUUCGCUUACACAAGAAUACCCACCAAUCUAUUUAAACACUUCAAACAUCACUCAUGUUUAAUGACAAGUCAAUUCAUGCUAAACACUUAAAAAGCCACCCAGAUGAUAGGCAUGAUUCUUUGAGCUUAAGUUAUCCAGUGAAUGUCAAAAACAUUGUGAAUUGUAUAUUAUGUGUGACUUUGGAAUGAAAUGUAAGCUAUAAUCAUUUGUUGGUCAGAGCUGCCACAGAGCAGUUAAAUGCAGUCUUUAAUGAUGCACCAUGGUUAUCUUUUAUGUUUGACUUAUUUCUGCAAAAUAAGAUGCCAAAUCAGUUAUUUACUUGCAUUCAUGAACAGAAUUUCUGACUUCUGAAGGAAGUCCGGUGUGAUGGCUAAAUUCAGUGAUGUUUAGUUUUAACCUGUUAAAGACUAAAUCAUGAAAUAAUUUACAGAAUUUUUUUGUAUCUCUAAUUGAACAUUUUAGCAAAUAAUAAUAAUAAAACAAUAUAUCAAUUUG